AGUUUAACCCAGAUUUAGUUACUGUCGAUACCAACAAUGACUGGCUCUACAGAACUAAGUGAAAUUCAACAUUACUACAAAAAUAAGUCUUUUUUAAUAACAGGUGUUACGGGAUUUGUAGGAAAGCUUGUAUUAGAAAAGAUAUUGAGGACAUUGCAUCCAAAGAAUGUAUAUGUAUUGGUUCGUGAUAAGGAUGGCGUUAGUGCAGAGAAUAGAUGUGCAACUAUGUUUGAUUCGGUGGUCUUUGAACAAUUGCAGCGAGUAGAUAACCAGUUUUUCAAAAAAGUAAUUUUAGUAGAAGGUGAUUUACAAAAGCCAGAGUUGGGACUUUCUAUAAAUGACAAAAACACAAUUUUAAAUGAAGUAGAAUGUAUUUUUCAUUUUGCUGCUGCAUCUAAACUCAAUGAAUCCUUUGCCAAUGCAGUGAAUAUCAAUAUAGGAGGUAUAAUUAGCUUGAUGAGGUUGGCUAAGAUAAUGCAAAAAUUAGAGACUUUUGUAUUUCUUUCGUCCGUGUUUUCUAAUUUUCCGGAGUAUGAAAUUAAGGAAGAGUUUUAUGAAUCCAAAUUGUUGGCCGAAGAAGUAUUAGAUUCCGUACAACAGGGCGACCUCGUUAGAUUUAAUAGUUUACAAAUGAAACUAUCGGAAGAAUGGCCUAAUGCUUACCCUGCAACUUUAAAUAUAGCAGAAGACUUUAUUAGAAGGGAAUCGAAGGGACUCCCUGUUUGUAUUGUACGCCCCUCCUUACUGUUACCAGCGGAAUCUGAACCUGUUACUGGCUAUGUAGAAAAUGUUAAUGGUUUGUAUGGCGAUACAGUAAAAUACGCGAUGGGCGUGAAUAAGGUAAAUUAUUACAAAAGUGGAGUAUUAGAUGCUGUUCCCGUUGACUACGUGGUAAAUCUUAGUAUAGCUGCUGGAUGGUAUACGGGAUUACAAAAGAACCGACUUAAAAGAGGUGAUAUCAAUUCCAUUGGAGUUUCCAUUUAUCAUUGCAUCAGUUCUCAAGAAAAACCUAUUACAAUUGACGAAUGGUUAGGUGCUAUACACACUGAAACUCGAGAAAUACCUUCGGUUAAGAUGAUAAAUUUACCGAUGCAAUUUAAUACAUCAUGCUAUUACAACUACGUACUGUUAACGUUCCUAUUACACACUUGUUUAGCAUUUAUAUGUGAUGCUGGAUUAAAACUAAUAGGAAAGCCACCCUCGACGAUGAAAAUAUAUAAAGUAAUUCACGAAACUCAAGAACUUUUUAGUCCUUAUUUACAUAAAGAAUGGUAUUUAUCGAACGAAAAUACUCAAAGACUUUUGAAAAGGUUAUCAUUUAAGGAUAGAACUUUAUUCAACUUCGAUAUUGCGAUAUUAAACUGGCAAUCGUACAUUGUCAAUUAUGUCAAAGGAGUAAGAGUUUAUCUGAUCAAGGAUCCUAUGUCAACAAUAACCGAAGGAAAGAAGAUACAACAGCAGAAGUUGAUUAAUCAGAUAGUAUUUGCUUUUAUAUUGACAAUUAUUUUGUAUGUUGUAGGAAAAUUUGUACUAUUUAGAAUAUUUUUUACAUAAUGUAAGAGGUUAAAAAAACAAAUAAAGGUAUUCUAGAUACAU